CGACUGUAAUUUCAGAACAGUUAAUCUACUGCUACCAUGUUCUCCAUCACUCGAUCGAUCGCUGCUGCUGCUCGCUCAAAUGCUCGAUUGAGUUCUCCAGCUUUGUUUUCUUCUGUUCGUCCCAUGUCCCUUUCUGCUGUGGUCGAUUGGUCAAGUGGUCUUUCAGAGGAAACAAAGGAAUAUCAGUCUGUUGCUCGUGCUUUUGCUGACAAGGAGCUCGCUCCAAACAUGUCCCAUUGGGAUGAGAAUGAGAUCUUCCCGAGGGAUACUCUCAAAAAGGCUGCUAAUUUGGGCUUCUCCAUGGUUUACUGUAAAGAUGACUUUGGCGGCACUGGUCUUAAAACUCUUGAUUCCGUUGUCAUCUUCGAGGCUCUUGGUACUGGCUGUGUUAGCACCUCCACUUACCUCACUCUUCACAACACUUGCUCUUGGAUCAUUGACACCUACGGAUCUCAGGCACUACGUGAAAAGUACUUGCCUGUCAUGGCUCCUAUGGAUCAAUUUGGCUCCUACUGUCUGACCGAGCCCAAUUCUGGCUCGGAUGCGGCCUCUCUACUCACUACUGCUGUCAAAAAAGGCGAUAGCUACAUUUUGAACGGAACCAAGGCAUUCAUUUCUGGUGCUGGCGAAUCUGAAAUCUACGUCAUUCUGGCCCGUACUGGUGGCCCAGGUCCAAAAGGUAUCUCCUGUUUUGUCGUAGAAAAGGGAACUCCUGGUCUUAGCUUUGGAAAAAAAGAGAGAAAGGUUGGAUGGAACUCAUCGCCUACUCGAGCUGUUAUUCUCGAAGAUUGUGCUAUUCCCGUUGGUAACUUGAUUGGCCAAGAAGGCCGCGGGUUCAACAUUGCUACUCUGGCUCUUAAUAUUGGUCGCAUGAAUAUUGCUGCAUGUGGUCUUGGUGGUGCCCAGGCUGCUCUUGAAACCACUGUCGAGUAUGUCAAUGAUCGCAAGCAGUUUGGAAAGCCACUUUCUGCCAACCAGUCGGUUCAAUUCAAGCUGGCUGAGAUGGCUACUCAGCUGACUACUUCUCGUCUAAUGAUUCGUGAGGCUGCCCGUCAGAUUGAUAUCAAUUCACCCUCUGCUCCUAGCUGGGCUGCCAUGGCCAAGAUUCAUGCAACCGACAACUGUUUCGAGCUUGCCAACGACGCACUUCAACUUCAUGGUGGCUAUGGAUACCUAAAGGACUAUAAAGUCCAGCAAUACAUGCGCGAUCUUCGUGUCCAUCAAAUUCUCGGUGGAACCAAUCAAAUUAUGCGUGAGAUUGUUGCCAGAUCGAUUCUCAAGCCAUUGUGUUUAAAAUGUGCUCCAAUCUGUAAACUUUUAUGAUUACUGUUUAAAAAAUUGAUUUGCACAGUAUUGUCAACAACAUGUGCUUCCAAUCUACCCAUUAUAUUUCCAUAGAUUUGAGAAUCAUUAGGCUGGCCAGCUGUUUGAUUAAAACAGACUUUAAUUCGAAAAAAUCAUUUAAAUCUUACUAACGUUAUUUGGAUCACACCAAUUUUAAGCAAACUGCAUCAACUCUGACAAAAAGUAUUGAUAGUAAAUGUAAACAUGCCAAACGAAUCGCAUGUAUUC